AUUUAUUUACAUACGCCAAAUUAUUCAAGAUUCUUGAGUCAGGUAUUUCACAACUUUCUUGGAGAGACAGUCUUGAAUCUGUGAAAAUGUUGUUUUCAGUAUGGCUGUUUACCUGAAACCACCUCUGUGACGUAGACCCACAAUGUAAUCCACAGAGAUUGUUUCCCCUGCUGAAUAUCACAUCACAUCAAAUCACAUCACAUGCAAUAGUUAUGCUGGUUUAGGCAAUAUGCACGUAAAAGACAACAGUGUUGUUCUCUUUUCUAAUCCCCACGGUACGAAAAGUUGUGCCUGCUGUGGUGAAGUGUUUAGUUCCUCAAAAAAGGACUUUGUAAACAGCAACAAAUGAACCAAAGACCCCACCCUGACAUUCCUCCCCCUUUCCAAAGCAGGUUUACGUUGCCUUCUGGCUGGGUAGCUAAAGGUGGUAAAGAUGCAGUCACUGUAUGCGCUUGUCGAUUAAAUGUUUGCACAUGGAAAGAAAAAUGGCCCUGGGACUGGUGUCGCCUCCAGGAAGCCCAGGCAGGAGUCCUUUGAACAGGCGCCCAUGUACGUAGCUGUCAUGACAUACCUGGGUUUUGGCAUUGUCACACUGUUUGGCUACCUCAGAGAUUUCCUCAGAGCCGUGGGCUUAGAGAAGUGCCACCUUGCCCGGGAAAGAGAGGAACAGAAGGAUUUCAUACCGCUUUAUCAAGAUUUUGAGAACUUUUACACUCGAAACCUGUACAUGAGGGUACGAGACAACUGGAACCGUCCUGUGUGCAGCCUGCCAGGCCCUGUCUUUGACCUGAUGGAGAGGGUGUCUGAUGACUACAACUGGACUUUCAGGUUAACUGGGAGGACAAUAAACAAUGUCAUCAACAUGGGCUCUUACAACUACCUCGGUUUUGCUGAGAACAAUGCUGAUUUCCUGGAGACUGUGGCAGACAAAACACGCCUGUAUGGGGUUGGGGUUUGCAGCACCAGGCAGGAAAUGGGUAACCUGACCAUCCAUGAAGAGCUGGAGCAACUUGUGGCCAGUUUCCUUGGAGUAGAGUCUUCCAUGACUUUUGGGAUGGGUUUUGCCACCAACUCAAUGAACAUUCCGGCACUUGUUGGAAAGGGCUGUUUGAUACUGAGUGAUGAGCUCAAUCACACAUCUCUCGUCCUAGGGGCCAGACUGUCGGGAGCGACAAUCCGGGUGUUCAAACACAACAACAUGCACAGUCUGGAGAAGAUGCUAAAAGAGGCGAUUUGCUCAGGGCAGCCACGUACCCACAGACCCUGGAGGAAGAUCCUCAUCAUGGUGGAAGGCAUCUAUAGCAUGGAGGGCUCAGUGGUGCGACUAUCCGAAAUUAUCGCACUGAAGAAGAAGUAUAAAGCGUAUCUGUAUCUGGAUGAGGCCCACAGUAUCGGAGCAGUGGGACCGUCAGGGAGGGGUGUGACCGAGCUGUUUGAUGUGAACCCAGCUGACGUGGAUGUGAUGAUGGGCACCUUCACCAAGAGCUUUGGGGCUGCUGGAGGCUAUAUCGCAGGGAAAAAGGAGAUGGUGGACUACCUACGUAGUCAUUCUCACAGUGCUGUGUACGCCACAGCCAUGUCCCCUCCUGUCACUGAGCAGAUCUUACGUGCCAUGAAGUGCAUCAUGGGAAAAGACGGGAGCACAGAGGGCAUUAGACGAAUCCGCCAACUGGCAGAGAACACCAGAUACUUCAGGGCCAGACUGAAGGAGAUGGGUUUCAUAAUCUACGGCAAUGAUGACUCACCUGUGGUUCCAAUCCUGCUCUACAUGCCAGGCAAAGUGGUGGCUUUUGCUCGAGAAAUGCUAGCGAGGAAAAUUGGUGUAGUCGUUGUCGGCUUUCCAGCGACGCCGAUUACAGAGGCCCGAGCUCGCUUCUGUCUGUCUGCAGCACACACCAGAGACAUUUUGGACAAGGUGCUGCACCAUCUGAACGAGCUGGGAGACACUCUCUGUCUGAAGUUCUCACGGCAGAAAUACACUCCCCAGCCUGACCCCUGUGAGGAGACAGAUUUUGAGCUGGACAGCUGAUAUGACCCUUGACACCUCCAUUUCACAGUGUCAAAACUCCGUAUCCAUGCUGCAGCAGACCCAUAAAUGCACAAUGUAGAGUAGCACCCACUUCUCACUGCAGAGCACGGGCCAAAUGUUUGACAGCUGCCACUUUUUAUAUGUUUGUAAAACAAUGUGAUUUUACAGCACAUUUUUUUGUGCGAGAGAAAGUGUAUGAACUCUUUAUGAAAAGUUUUUCUGAAUGCUUUUAUUUGUGCAUACAUAAAUGAAAUGAUUUCUCAAGAAUUACUCAAGAACUGUGUAAAAUAUCUUUUGUUUUUUUUUUUUUUUAUACUCAGACAAAUCACAUCCAGGUCUGAAGACAUUUUUCAAAUUUCAGUUCAAUACAUCCGUUAUACACAGUUAUUCUAAUUACUGAUGUCUAUAUUUAGACGAUAAAACUUUGCUAUGGAGGCAUUUUUGCUUCUCAUAAAUUAAUAUCAGCUGCCAUUUAUUAAAAAUGCUGGUAGUAGUUUGAAAUGUUCCCCUCUGAUGUACUGCUGAAUUUAUUAAACUCUGAGUCUGCUAAUUUUUUUUUCAAUAAAACUCAAAUGCCACACAUCAAA